AUUAGAGUAUGAAACCCGAAACCAAUCCGAUAGCCAAACUUGGUUUACUGAACGAAGAAAUCGUCUUACAGCUUCUAAUUUUGGUAAAAUUUGUAAGAUGCGGCCUAACACUUCGUGUAAAAAUACGGUGUUUGAAAUUUUAUAUAACACCAAUAACACUAAAAGUAAUGCCAUCGACUAUGGUAAAGAAUCGGAAGAUAUGGCUAUAAGAACAUUGGAAAAAAUCAUUAAAAAACCAAUACAAAAAUGUGGGUUAUUUAUUGACGAUAAUAUUCCAUACUUAGCAGCAACACCUGAUGGUUUGAUAGAAGAUAAUGCUACUGUUGAAGUAAAAUGUCCGUUUUCUGUUAAGGAUCAUGAAAGUUUGGAACAAGCUCUUCUUGAAAAGAAGAUUCCUUAUUUAAUAAAUAAAAACAAUACAAUCAAGUUGAAAGAAGAUAGUAAUUAUUAUUAUCAGAUUCAGGGCCAAAUGCAUAUUACUAAACGAAAUUUAUGUUAUUUUUUCAUAUUUACUCCGAAGUGGAACAAACUUGAAAUUAUUAAUUAUUCAGCAGUGUUUUGGAAAGAAAAAAUGGAAUCAAAUUUGAAAUUAUUUUAUGAAGAAUGUUUAUUACCCGAGAUCGUUGAUUCCCAAUACAAAAAACGGAUGCAAAAGAGUGAUAUUGUUGAGCCCCCACAUAUCAAAGAAAAUAUUAUAAAAUAUAAAGAAAAAAAUAAUAAAAAAAUAAAAUCAUAAAUUAUAUUAUACUUGUUGAACUUAUAUUAAUUUUUUUUCAUGAUUAAAUAAUAGGAAAUUAUUGCUUCGUUACCCUUUUUUUAUAUUAAUAUAGGUAAUAUGAUUAUAAUUUAUUUUUUAAAUAAAAAUAUGGUGAUAAAUAAUAUAGGUUACAUACAAAAAUAUUUGUAAUUACGUAUUAUCAUAUUUUAAUAUAACAUUAACAGUUGAACGUAAAAGAUAAAGCACGAAAAAUUAAUAUUAAUUUAAUUCCGCUGUAUUUAUUUUAUUUACCAUUUAUUAGAUUUUACUAUAAGUAUUAUAUUUAAAUAAGUAAUGAUUCAAUAACUACAAAUCAAGUUAUGUUAUAAUACAGUUUCUACGAUCUAUAUAUUGGGACAUAUAUUUAGGUAAGCAGUAUCUUAAUUUAUAAUGGGUAAUUCAUGGGUACGCGAGAGUAUUGAAAAUAUUACGGCGGUAUUGGCGUACAAUGAAUUUUAUAAUGAUACGAAUCGUACUGGACGAACGUUCAUGGACAAAUAAACGGCGCUCCCGAAUGUGCACUCGUCGCCGCCGUCGGCCGGUUGCGAAUUGCG